AUGGCCAACGAAUUAACUGAGGAACAGAUCGCCGAAUUCAGAGAGGCGUUUUCUCUGUUCGACAAAGACGGCGACGGGCACAUCACCACCGAAGAACUGGGCACCGUCAUGAGAUCUCUGGGCCAAACUCCCACCCAAGCCGAAUUGCACGACAUGAUCAAAGAGGUGGACACCGACGGAAGCGGCAGCAUCGAAUUUGCCGAGUUCCUGAAUCUGAUGGCCAAGAAGAUGAAGGAGGCCGACGACGAAAACGAGAUCAUCGAGGCCUUCAGGGUCUUCGACAAAGAUGGCGACGGUUACAUCCAUAUCGAAGAACUUCGCGACGCCAUGAUGAAUCUGGGCGAAAAGAUGACGGCCGAAGAGACCGAAGAAAUGAUUCGUGAGGCAGACAUCAAUAACGACGGGUUGAUUAAUUACGCCGAAUUUGUCAGGAUGAUGUCCGAAAAAUGAGGCCGCUCCUUAGAAUUACGAAUAUCCAAUUUGUUCUUUCGGAAGGGUUAUUUAUUUAUCCUAAAUUUCAUUAAAAUUGUAAU